AUGUUCGCUCGGUCCAUCUCUCGGGUCGCUGCUCGCAGCUCUGCCAUGCCCACCACGGCCCUUCGCUCCUACCGCACCAUGCCUGGCCCAAUGGCUUGCCUGAACGCUCGUCCUCAGCCUGAGAAGAAGUCCAUUGCUCCCCAGCAGACCCGCGCCGCAUCCGAGCACGCCAUCUCGAAUCCCACACUCGCCGGCAUCGAGAAGCGCUGGGAGGCCAUGACUCCCCAGGAGCAGGCCGAUCUGUGGAUGCAGCUGAGAGAUCGUAUGAAGGUUGACUGGCACCAGAUGACCCUGCAGGAGAAGAAGGCCGCCUACUGGAUUUCCUUCGGUCCCCACGGCCCUCGCGCACUCCCCCCCAAGGGAGAGAACCUGAAGAUCUUCAUCAAGGUCGCUCAGCUCACCCUCGUCUCCUUCGCUAUCUUCUACGUGAUCCACCUCUUCGCUAAGCCCCAGCCCAAGACCAUGUCCAAGGAGUGGCAGGAGGCUUCCAACGAGUACGCCAAGCGCGAGCAAAUCAACCCUCUCUACGGUAUCAGCAGCGAGGGCUACGAGGGCAAGGGCUUCGUUCAGAGCCCUCCUGCCGAGAAGGCUUAG